UCACGUGGUGUAAAUUUAAAUAACAAUAACGACAAAUCACCUAUCAGAAGGUUUAGGAAGAACGCUAUUGAUGCAGUUUUUUUUUUUUUUUUAUCGAACUCUCCAUGUAACUUUUGGAUAUUUAUGUGGCAAUGUUUUAAGUAUAUUUCCUAAUACAACAAUAAGAUUCUUUUCAAGCCUCAUCAGUAUGAUGAUUUUACACACAGAACUGUAUUCCUCAUAGAUCCAUCGCUUAGAUUUGAGGAAUAAGGCAAUUUAGAAGAAAGAUCUAGACAUUUAUGUCUAUUGAAAUAAGGAAGAAAUCAGCUUACAACGUAAAUGAAUGCCAGCCACGUUGUAUUUGUAUGUCUUCCGUCCCGGACAUUGAUUUUCCCAGGUAAAUAUCAUAACAGGAAAUUCUUUUUGCACUACAGAUACCUUGUCGUUAGUACUUCCUCGCCAUUCGUACAUUUUGUACAGGAUGGAUGUCCUGGGGUCCGAUGGAAAGAGACUAACGUGUAAUAUAGUGAAGGAGUCCGUUAUAUAUGAUGGCAAGAAAUCUAAAAAUCCCGUCCCACUGUCACCACGUGGUGUGCUAAAACUGCAACAUCACUGGAUGAAAAUCGGAGCCAAACAGGGUCACUGCUCCAUCGAAGAGGAUCCGAUAGAGGAUGAAAUGGAUGGCAGGGAAUCCAACUCUUCAUCGUCCUCGUCGCCAUCCUCUAGUUCGUCGAGUUCAAGUGAAGGAUCAACGUCGUCGCCCCAACAGCAAACUAAAAUAAAAAUCAAAGCGUCAAAGAUGGUGAUCUCCGGACAAAAAAUAUGCAGAGUAAAAUCGUCAGAAAAUCCCUCAAAGACUGGAGAAUACCACCACUACAUAGAAAACGUGGGACCAGACUCCGUCAAGGACAGUCUCAAACGUUACGAUAGAAUUGUCCAGAUCAACGACGAAAACAUCAAGGAUUACAGUUGUAGCCACGUCCGACAACUGCUGAAAAAUCUUAGGACAGAAGUAGGGGUGUCGGUAGUGUUGUGGCGAUGGUUAAACAAAGGAAAUAGAACUGAUGUACUUGAGAUCAAACUCGUUAUAGGGGAGACAAGUAGAUGCCACUGUACGAAGGAUUUGUCAAACAUUGAUCUGACCCCUAGAAAGUUCAAAGACAUGACCUGGACAACAUACGAACCUCGGAACUUCCAUAUUCGCGUGGCGUGCGAGACCGGGGUGUACUUGUGUGUGGAUAGAAACAUAACAUGUGUUUAUGGAUACCCUAUCAGAGAAAGACGAGAGAUGAGCUUGUUUAAAUUUGGCGUCCGGUUUUUUAAGUGCAAAGCAAUGGAUUCCAAGAGGCGGUAUCAGGCGUACUUUGGAUGCGUUUUUAUAUUCGAGGAUGAAGGUCAACUCUUCGACAUUUCUUCAACGCUUGGUGAAGAGUCCGUCGCUGUGAUACUCAAGCCACAUACAGCCUUCAGCCUGGAUAGCCCUGACGAGCGCUUUUUCUUAAUGCACGGGAUCGAAGACGGAGAUGACGUGUUUGAAUCUUUGAAUUAUGAAAAUAUGUGCAUGAAAAUUGAAAUUUCGUCCCAGAAAAUUGUGAUGCAAUACCUAGGAAUCUCAAACCCAGUGACAAAGAAAUCAUUCAAGAUUACUAAGCCUUCUUUCAAAUUUCAAACCUUUUCUAUAAAAGCUGCCAAAGAGCUGAUGGAGAGUUAUCCUGGUCACCAGAAGAAAUCGAAAGGAAGAGGAUUGCUGUUCCUCUGUUUUGGUAUCGGGGCGUCGUUCGACAUUUCCAAUGUUCCGUGUUUAGAAUGGAGUUCUUUCGCAUUGGAGGCGAUUAACAGUAGUGUUAGGAAAUCCAUCUAUUUGAAAUAGAUAUAAAUGUUUGUGGUGCCAGAUAUGUUUUUGAAGUUUAACAUCAAACGACUUGACAGAACUUUAUCAUGGUAUUCGAGUGCCCCUACCGGUAGAUUGGAAGGGGGAGUGUGAAGCGCCAUUUUCUAUGUCUAUACGUCUAUUUGUCCGUCAGUCAAAGUCAUAGGCGCUCGGGUCAUGGAUAAUGUAAAAAAAAAAAAAAAAAUAAAAAAAAAAAAAUAGAGCUAUCGAACAAAUUUGAACUAUGGUUGUAACAUUUUUUUUUCAACUUCCAUGAUUUGGGUUUUUAUUUUCUGUAAUCUAUUUUGCUUAUUAUAUACUGGUAUGCUGUAAAAAUUUAAUUUCAUAAACGUUUGAAAGUUAAUUUCACCUACCGUAUACUAAAACAAAACUUUUAAAUUUACAUUAUUCGUGACCCAAGCGCCUAUGGUCAAACUUUGUUUCACUUCGUUUACAAGUUGUUCUCUUUCGUUGUCAUAAUUUGAAAUGUUGAUUUAAAACUUUUUGUGUAGUCUUCUGUGAAAUAGGAUUUUGGUUUUCAUUACUCGCUUUUACCAUCUUCGCUGGCCAAGGGUUUUUAGUUCACUCCGCUCCCCAUAUAUGGAAAUAACCAUAACCAUAAGUCAUACCCCUUUCGAACUUAGAAUUUCGAGCCCGUCUGUCCUGUUCUUGUCAAUACAACGUUGACAAGAACAGGACAGACGGACUCGAAAUUCUCUAAGACCACUCGACAGAAUUUCGUGAAACUUUGUCGUUAAUAAGGACACAUUGUGUAGUUGUGCAUAUUUCCUGAAAAUUCUGAUUCAAUAUUUUUUUUGGAGUUAUGCCCCUUUUAAACUUAUUAUUUCGAGGUCGUCUAGCACGUUCUUGCAGUAAUGCAUAGCAUUACCAUUCAUUAUGUGAGACAUUCCCAAGCAAUUUUGGGGCAUGUGAGCUUGCUUACUUUUUCUUUUUUCAUAAUCAUCGUGUUGUUACAUUUAAGGUGGCUCACUACACCUUGAAAUAAUUUAUCAAAUUAGUACGAAUUGGUUUAAUCAUAAAAGAUUUGAUGAUAUAUAAUAAGUAUAUAUGCCAAAAAGGCAGAAAAUACGCAAAUUUGGAUAAAAACAUGAUUUUCAAAAAAUUCAUUUCAACAUAUAUGAACAAAAGACUCUUGCGGAUUUGAACUCGAGAUUUGCGAUUCACCAACCCAAUGCUUUAACCACUGAGCUACGAUGAUGGACAAACAAAUCAAUCGAUACAAAUAAUUUCACAAAACAUUUAAAUCGCCAUCUUGUGACGUAGUGUCAUAACGAGUAUAAGCUUUAGUGUAGUGAGUGACCUUAAGACUGGUAAAAUUAUCCUUUAUGAAAGUAACAUGUAUUUAGUAGUCAAUUAUGUUUCGUUUUAUGUCUCUUGAGAUUUUUUCUCACUCAUAUUGAGACGUCACCAGCUGAAGGUAAAAUACCACAAAUUUAGACCUAUGCUUCAGGUAUGAGCUCCGUACAAAAUACUAGAAAAAAAAUCAUAAUUGAAUAUUCCUUAAAUAACUAUGUUUUGGAUCAUGAUAUUAUUUAUAAAUAUUAGUCUGGGUUCCAACAAGAUGAUUCAAGAACAAAUCAACGUAUUGAAAUUUAUAAUACAAUUAUUCCAAAUCUUGACAAAGAUGUAAAGUUUAUAUUUUGUGACAUUGCAAAAGCCUUUGAUAGAAUCUGGCACAUAGGUAUCUCGUUUAUAAGAUACAAAUCUAUGGUAUGUCAAAACAAAUAAUGAAAUGGGUAGAAAGCUAUUUAACCAACAGGUCACAUUGAGUGGUCCUAGAUGGAUUUACAUCUUCUCCAAGAUCUACACAUUCAGGUAUUCCUCAGGGAUCUCUUUUAGGGCCAUUUUUGUUCUUUAUCUCCGAAAAUGUACAAAAUAUCAUUCUUUGUUAUUAUGUAUGUUUACCUAUUCCACAAAAAUCUGCGAGGUAAAAAUUCACGGGGCGCCACCCGAUGACUGUUUACUCAUCCAUUGUCUGUUCAUCACGCGUUUAUGAAUCUUCAUUUCAAUGUAUGUAUAUAUAUGGCGAGAAACCAUUUAUCUCGAUUUUAUUGUCAUUUGCAAAAUAACACUGUUUGUUGUGCAUAUAAAAUCAUUUGCUGUGUAUUGAGUGGUUUGUCUUGUUAGCUCACCCAAGCUGAAAGCUCAAGUGAACUUUUUCGAUCACUUUUCGUCCGGCGUCCGUCUGUCUGUCCCCUGUCUGUCCGUAAACUGUUUACAUUUUCGACUUAUUCUCCAGAACCGCUUGGCCAAUUUCAAUUAAACUUGGCACAAAGCAUUCUUGGGUAAAGCGCUUUGAGUUUGUUCAAAUGAAGAGCCGCCCCCUUAAAAGGGGAGAUAAAUACGAAAAUGCAAACUUGGGUAGGGUCAUUUAAAAAUCUUUUCAAGAAGCAUCGGGCCAGUAAAGUUGAAAUUUACAUGAAAGCUUCCUGAUAUUGUGCAGAUUCAAGUUUGCUCAAAUCAUGGCCUCCGGUGGUAUGGUGGGGCCACAAGAGAGAAUAAAGUUUUACAUGCAAAUAUAUAGGAAAAAUCUUUUAAAAUCUUCUCAAGAAUCACCGGGCCAGGGGAAAAAAUG